AUGUCUCCUGCCGACACCCCGCCAGAAUUUCGAGGAUUUGAUACCUUCACCACCAUGGAGCUCAAAAGAGAUCGUCGUAUGGCCGAAGUGGGUGCAAAGAUGGGAACCAAAUAUGUCGGACCUAUCGCACCGCAAGCCUUCCUUGAUAAAUAUCUUCCCUCUACCCAGGCAAUAGUCGAGCUCAAUGAGGAGUCGAAGGAGGCGUUGUCGAAGGUGGGCAGAGUGAAACACCAGGUCGCGAUGUAUCCUCUCAUGAUCAAUGCGCUGGAAGGUUUACGUUCGAACUCCCUUGAAUUUGUCGACACGCACGCUCAUCCGUACAACUUUGUAUGGGGUCAUCAGCCGGACCUCAUCAAACCAGACAUCACCGCUUACAGUAAACCGUCCAAGCGCAGGCGACUGAACGAUAUUACACUUGCAGAAGUGUUUAUGGAGUUCAAACUCGAUGAAAAAUCAGAUGGGUUCCAUGAUGAUUCGGCUGUGCCAAUGGGAGGAGGUGAAAGGCCGUCUUUCGAAAAAGAAACCGAUACCGCUUGA